AUCUCUCUCUCUCUCUCUCUCUCUCUCUCUCUCUCUCUCUCCCUCUCUCUCAGUAUGGAAUAGCCCAGCUCGUGUCUCACUCGUCUCUUUGUGUGUGUGUGUGUGUGUGCGUGUGUGUGUGCAUGUGUGUGUGUGUGUGUGUGCUUGUGUGUAUGGAGAUUACUGACUGACUGGGACUCAGCUGGAGGAACUGAAACUCUCCAGAGGAGACACACUUCAGAGGAUUCAGGAUUCAGGACGAGCCCUGGGGAAGAGUGUAAAGGUCAGAGGUCAUGGGAAAGUCACUGGGGUCGGAGGUUCCUCUCGUCCUCCUCUUCAUCUCCUUCGUCUCCUCUCUCUCUCCGCCGCUGCCCAGAAUCUUCCUCCCUUAUCAAGAGCUGCAGACGAGUCACCCCUUCGAGUUCUACACGCUGUCGGAGAAGCAGAUGGACUACAGGAUCCUGUAUGUGGAUGAUGAUCAGGACCGAAUGUAUGUGGGCUGUAAAGAUCAUCUUCUCUCCAUGGACAUCAACAACAUCACUCAGGGAACGCUGAAGAUUCACUGGCCUGCGUCCAACACCAAGAUCGAAGAGUGUCAGAUGGCUGGAAAAGAUCCAACUCACGGUUGUGGAAACUUCCUGCGAGUGAUUCAGCCCUAUAACAGAACUCAUCUGUUUAUCUGUGGCAGUGGAGCCUACAGCCCGGUGUGUGCGUACGUCAACCGCGGCCGACGCCCUGAGGAGAAAGUGUUUUAUGUCUCCUCGAAGUCAGAGUCGGGAAAAGGACGCUGCUCCUUCAACCCACAAGUCAACACCGUCUCUGUCAUGCUCAAUCAGGAGCUUUUCUCUGGCGUGUACAUUGACUUCAUGGGGACGGACGCAGCCAUCUUUAGGAGUCUGACCAAUAGGAAUGCAGUGAGAACGGACCAGCACAACUCCAAAUGGCUCAGCGAGCCUGUGUUUAUCGAUGCCCAACUGAUUCCUGAUGGAUCAGACGCAAAUGAUGCGAAACUUUAUUUUUUCUUCCGUGAGAGACUAACGGACAACAAUGGCAACACCAAGAACAUACACACCAUGGUGGCACGAGUCUGUCCUAAUGAUAUUGGUGGUCAGCGCAGUUUAGUGAAUAAGUGGACGACAUUUCUGAAGGCCCGCAUGGUGUGUUCAGUUGUGGAGGAAGACGGCACUGAAACACACUUUGACGAACUCGAGAGUGUGUUUCUGCUCGAGACUGAAAAUCCCCAAGGCUUGCUUUUAUACGGACUGUUCACUUCCACCAGCUCAGUGUUUAAAGGAUCAGCAGUGUGUGUGUACAACAUGGCGGAUGUGCUGACAGUGUUUAACGGGCCGUUUGCUCACAGAGAUGGACCAAAUUUCCAGUGGACGGCAUUUCAGGGACGAAUGCCGUAUCCACGCCCUGGAACUUGUCCUGGAGGUGCAUUCACUCCCAACAUUCGGAGCACUAAAGAGUUUUCCGAUGAUGUGGUGACGUUCAUGAGGAAUCACCCGCUGAUGUUUAACUCAGUUUACCCGCUGGCUCGGAAGCCUCUGCUGCUGCGCACACACGCUGAUUAUAGAUACACCGCCAUCGCCGUCGACCAAGUGCACGCUGCUGACGGCCUCUACCACGUCUUAUUCCUUGGCACAGACAGAGGCACAGUGCAGAAGGUGGUAGUCUUACCCACUAAUCGCUCUCUGGAUGAGGAUUUGAUCCUGGAGGAGCUGGAAGUGUUUAAGAAACCAGCAGCAAUAACCAACCUGAGGAUCUCCUCUAAAAAGCAACAGCUGUACGUGAGUUCGGAGUACGGCGUAUCCCAGGUGUCCCUACACCGUUGCCAUGCCUACGGCUCGGCAUGUGCAGACUGCUGUUUGGCUCGAGACCCGUACUGCGCCUGGGACGGGCGGAGCUGCUCUCCGUUCUAUCCUACAGGAAAGAGGAGGAGCAGGAGGCAGGACAUCAUGCACGGAAAUCCACUCACUCAGUGUCGAGGCUUCAACCUGAAAGCCUACAGGAAUGCAGUGGAGAUGUCUCAGUAUGGAGUAAAACACAACACCACUUUUCUCGACUGUUCACCCAAAUCACCAAAAGCCUCCGUGCAGUGGCUCAUUCAGAGAGAGAACGACCGCAGGAAAGGGGUGAAGAUGAGCGAGCGUAUCGUAGCGACGGAGCAUGGCCUCCUGAUCCGCUCAGUGCAGCUCUCCGAUCAGGGCCUGUAUCACUGCAUAGCCACGGAGAACGGCUUCAAGCGGACACUCACCAAGAUCCGGCUUCACGUGUUGACCGAGGCGCUACUGAGCACGCUCGGCAAUAAGCACUCGUCGCCAUGGAAACCCAAAGCACUGGCAUCGGCCCUGGGCCCGUCCGAGACGCUCGCCAUGCAGCAGUACUGCAAAGAACGACAGCAGCUGCAGAGCUUCCGGGUGAAUCCACGGGGAGACCUGGGCAAACUCAAACCACUGCUGGAGAUCCGCAAGAGCCGCAACCGACGGAACCACCGACACGCUGAGUAGGACCCGACAAGACAGAGGACUAACCGGACAUCCUGGGGCAACAAGGGCGGAGCUUAGGUUGAAUUUAAGCAGCCAAUCACAAACGUCAUGACAUUGUUUUUAGUUAUUUAUAGAUUUCAUAUUUAUAAUAAUUUAGCAGCAUUAGCUAAGCUAGCACUGGAAAUGCAGCAGUAUGCUAAUCAGUAGCUACCUGAGAUUAAGUUGCUAGCUUAAUGUAGCAAAAAAUAAAAACUGGUUUUAAUUACACAAUAAUAGUUUUGCAAUAUUAGCUAAGCUAGCCAGCUCCUGUAGAUAAACACACCAGUGUGUUAAUGUCAUGCAGAUAACUCGCUAAAUAUGAGCACCUGGUUGGCUCUUAGAAUUUGUGAUGACGUAACACCCUUAUUUGCAUAUUUAAUCUGAUUGGCUCUUAUUACUCCCUCACUUUACUACAUUAAGGAAACAGCAGCUUAAAAAUUAGCUAAGGUUCUCUAGAUGAGAUUAGAUUAAUUAUUUUAAAGCUAAUUAAUUCCUAGAACCAGGUUUGCUAGUAAUAAACAUCAUUAAGGAUAAUUUGUUAGCAAGAUAAUAAUUUAUUCUGCCAUUCAAGCCCAAGGUCAAGUUUGCUAGCGUGCUAGUUCACUUUACAUCAGUAAUCAAGUUUGCUAUGAGGAUAGCUAUUGAGUAAUUAAUACGAUCAGCCAUGUUUCUUAGCAACGUAGCUAACUUCGCUGUAACUAUUAUAUUGUGUAAUUAAAAUCUUGCUCGUCGGCUAGUUAGCAUUAUGCUAGCUAUUAAUAUUUAUCAGUAGCGAGGUUUACUAGCAAUCUUGCAAAACUAUAUUGUUCAGCAAACCAGUAGCUAGCUUGGCUAGUUAAGUUUGGUAACUCUGAUGACAUCACACUAUGAACUUAGUGACUGGACGAUGAAACGGAGCCUGAGCUUCGUCCUUGUUGAGCUUCAGGGCGUGAAAACAGAGGACUGACGGGAAACGUGUUUUCCAAAUAAAGCAGAAUGAAAGAGAGAUGGACGGACAGAUGGAAGAGAGGAAUUCAGAAGAUGAGCAGAAACGUUUAGAGGAGAUUUAUGACUUGUGCGCUUUCUAAAAAAAAGGAGAACUUUAAAACUUCUCUCAUACGGACCUGAUUUUUUUUUUUUUUUUGCUCUUUGCUUUUUACGUGCAUGAGGUUACACUGACCAGAUGACUGUGAUACACACACACACACACACACACACACACACACACACACCAGUUAUAGCAUGUCUUUAUUGUUUUCUUUUUAUUUAUUUGUUUCAUAAUCAGGCAGGAGGCCAGAAAUCGUUUGCUACACUUCUACAAUAGUUGUGUUCAGUGAAAAAAAAAAAAGAACACUAACACUUUCAGGAUGUUAAAUAACAGUGUGUUCUAACAGUUUGUACGAAUAAAAAACGGAGGAGCGUAAUCAUUUUUAUUACGAAAACAAAACGGAAUGCGUGAGAUAGUGAUGUUUAUAAAACUUGUCAGGAGGAGGUUAAACCCAUGUUGGUACUCGAGAGCAAAAGAAUGAAAAUGUAAAAAAAAAAAAUGUUCCAGUGUGUAAAACUUUACAUCAUAAACAGAAUGUUCAACUGAACAUUUUAAAGUCACACAAAAACAAUCGUUAAAGAAAUAAGAUAUUCAUAUGCAAAUAGAAAUAUGCAAAUUGUUGCACCAGAGUUACAUGGGUAGGAUUUGCAUAUUUGAACCUGAUUGGCUCUGAUAUUUUGUGACACAGUAACACUCUCAUUUACAUACUAGAACCCAAUUGGCUUUUUUGCAUACUACAAACAGAUUGGCUCAUUCAAUUGCAUGCUAGAAUCUGAUUGGCUCUUAUACAUUGUGACACAGAAGCACGAUCAUUUACAUUCUUGAAUGGAAUUGUGAUGAAGUCAUCCUUUCUUUGAAUACUAGAACUUGAUUGGAUCUGAUAUUUUGUGACUCAGUAACACACUCAUUAGCAUAAAAUAACCUGAUUGGCUUUUAUAUUUUGCUUCACAGUAACAUGGUCAUUUGCAUACUAGAACCUGAUUGGCUCUGAUAUUUUGUGACCCAGUAACACGCUCAUUAGCAUAAGAGAACCUGACUGGCUUUUAUAUUUUGUUUCACAGUAACAUGCUCAUUUGCAUACUGCAACCUGAUUGGCUUUGAUAUUUUGUGUCACAGUAACAUGCUAAUUUGCAUAAUAUAAAUUGAAUGGCUUUGAUAUUUUGUGACACAGUAACGUGCUCAUUUACAUACUGUAAGCUGAUUGGCCCUAAUAUUUUGUGUCACAGUAACAUGCUCAUUUGCAUAAAAUUACCUGAUUGGCCCUCAUAUUUUAUGACAAAGUAACAUGCUCAUUUACAUACUAUAAGCUGAUUGGCUCUGAUAUUUUGUGUCACAGUAACAUGCUCAUUUAUAUACUGGAUGGAUGGAUGGAUGGAUGGAUGGAUGGAUGGAUGGAAUAACAUGCUCAUUUGCAUAAAAUUACCUGAUUGGCCCUAAUAUUUUGUGUCACAGUAGCAUGCAUAUUUACAUGCUAGAACCUGAUUGGCUCUGAUAUUUUGUGACACUGUAACACGCUCAUUUGCAUACUAGAACCUGAUUGGCCCUGAUAUUUUGUGUCACAAUAUCAUGCUCAUUUGCAUACUAGAACCUGAUUGGCUCUGAUAUUUUGUGACACUGUAACACGCUCAUUUGCAUAUUAGAACCUGAUUGGCCCUGAUAUUUUGUGUCACAAUAUCAUGCUCAUUUGCAUACUAGAACCUGAUUGGCUCUGAUAUUUUGUGACACUGUAACACGCUCAUUUGCAUACUAGAACCUGAUUGGCCCUGAUAUUUUGUGUCACAAUAUCAUGCUCAUUUGCAUACUAGAACCUGAUUGGCUCUGAUAUUUUGUGACACUGUAACAUGCUCAUUUGCAUACUACAACCUGAUUGGCCCUGAUAUUUUGUGUCACAAUAUCAUGCUCAUUUAGAACCUGUUUGGCUCUGAUAUUUUGUGACACUGUAACACGCUCAUUUGCAUACUAGAACCUGAUUGGCCCUGAUAUUUUGUGUCACAAUAUCAUGCUCAUUUGCAUACUAGAACCUGAUUGGCUCUGAUAUUUUGUGACACUGUAACACGCUCAUUUGCAUACUAGAACCUGAUUGGCCGUGAUAUUUUGUGUCACAAUAUCAUGCUCAUUUGCAUACUAGAACCUGAUUGGCUCUGAUAUUUUGUGACACUGUAACACGCUCAUUUGCAUACUAGAACCUGAUUGGCUCUGAUAUUUUGUGAGGCAGAAACUCUCCUGCCACAUGUGCAACAUUUCCAGCUCCUGUUCCAGCAAAUUUUAUUCUUUUGUCGGAAAGAUUUAUCACAGCUCAAUCUUCUGUAUCUCACUCAGGAGAACGAAGGCUAACAGAAGCUUCCUCUGAUUUACACACAUGGUUUUGAGCGACAAGGAAGAUUUGUGGUGAAGAAAUCAAUCCCUCACACUAAUACACACACACACACACACACACACACACACACACACGGUUUAAACUGUCCCAGUCACACAGGAGCUAGUCAUUUAGCAGAGCGGAACGUAUCGCUCACUUCUUGUGAAACUUUGUGCUCGUGAAACGGGAAAUCCACACACAUGAUUUAAGGGUUUGAGGGUCUGAGAUGAAAAUGUGUUGGAGAGACCAAUGUACAUCCAGCUGUGGAACAGAUGUUAGAAAAAACAGAGCGAGAGAGAGAUGAUACGACGAUUAAUUUAAUCGUCUUCUACUUUAUCAGAACACCUUUUUUUGGGGGGAGGGGUUUCAAAAUUCGCACGCUCACCUAUUAGAAAAAAAUUAAACAUUGUUAAUUAAAAUGUAUUAAACUCAAUUACUAUCUACACCAACUUCAAAUUUGUCCAAAAUCUUAAGGAAGUGCUCCCUACUUAAGUAGCCUGCUUCCAAGUGGCCCUAAUUUGGAUUUUCCCAAUGCGUCCUCAUGACACUGGAUGAAAAAGGCGGAGAUUGUGUUAAAUUCAGCCAGCCAAUCACGAGCCUCAUCACCACCACAGUACUUCACUUCACAUUAACUAGCUUAAUCGCAAACCACACUCUUUAUUACAGUUUGUGUUAAAUUCAAUCAGCCAAUCAAAAACUUGAUGUGACGUAACAGUGAUAAUGCUAAUGUUAGCCAGGAUAAAUAAACAGCUAGCUAGCUAGCAUAAUCAUAAUAAUAUAAAAAUGUAUGCAAAGUCUGACAGAAAGAAAUAUAAAUGAAUGUCAUAUGAUCAAGUGUGUGAUUGGCUGAUUAAAUUGCUUAAGCUCCGCCCCAUUUCAUGCAUGCUGUUAUUCCAAAACGUACGUGUGUGUGUGUGUGUUUAGUCCACUGAUCCUCCUUUAUAAUUGGCAGUGUACAGAUUUAUUUAAAGCGCUGUUAUUGUUGUUGUUGUUGUUGUUAUUGUUUUGUAAAGUUUUUCUGAACAUGUGCACGGUAUUAAAUACGUCGGUUUCAUCCGAACUCAGGAGAUGGGUUUAAUACAACAGCUAGAUUCUUAAAAUCAACAUCUACAACUACUUGGAUUUGGGAAUUUAGGAAUGAUGUAGGUUUAUUUGAUACGGAAUGACAUUCACCUUCGCACUAAUCCAUUCAUACAACGUCUACUGAAGUGUGUUUCUGUCUCGAGAUUUUAUUUUCAUUUAUUAUCUUCUAUUAUUCGUUUAUGAUCUGCACAAUGUGGCAACCAGACAGUAUUAAGGGCCAGGGGUCAAAGGUCAGAUAGAUAGACAGUCAGACGGGUGAAGGAGAGGAUAGACAGAGCGAUAAACAAACAGAUAGACAGACAGGAAGUUGGGCAGAUAAACAGAAAUAAAUAAAGACGGAGAUAUGUAGACAAACGGACGCUUCAACAGAUAGACAGGCAUAGAUA